UCUUUUAAUUGCAUUGCUUUAGUUACCAGCAAUAUUUUGUUUUGGAGACUGCUCGUCGGCUCACGUAAAAAUGUUUGUUAGAUAUUUAAGUGGUUGUUACUAUUCAUUCCAACUGUAACUCUGUACUAAUUGCAGACCGCAACUGACAAAUUUUGGAGGAUUGGGGCACCUAGAACAAAAUUGGUGUAGUUACACCCAGUAUUUUGUGGUGUAAGAACAAAGUGUUGAAUUGAUUGCAAGAAAGUUAUUCCUGUUGGUAGUUAGUGGAGGAAGUUUCAAUAUAUAGAAGAACAAGCAUGGCAGUGGCAUCUGCUGGACAGCUCAAUCUGAAGGAAGCCCCUGCAUGGGGUUCUCGCAGCAUAGCUUGCUUUGAAAAGCUCGAACAGAUUGGAGAAGGCACAUACGGGCAAGUGUACAUGGCAAAGGAGAUCAAGACAGGGGAAGUUGUUGCUCUGAAGAAAAUUCGCAUGGAUAAUGAAAGAGAAGGGUUCCCUAUUACUGCAAUCCGAGAGAUAAAAAUUUUGAAGAAGCUGAAACAUGAUAAUGUUAUAAAGCUGAAGGAGAUAGUGACUUCUCCAGGCCCAGAAAAUGAUGAACAAGGAAAUUCAGAUGGCAAUAAGUACAAUGGUAGUAUCUAUAUGGUCUUUGAAUAUAUGGAUCAUGACCUGACCGGUUUAUCAGAUCGACCAGGAAUGCGUUUUAGUAUUCCUCAGAUUAAGUGUUAUAUGCGGCAGUUAUUAACAGGGUUGCAUUACUGUCAUAUCAACCAAGUCCUACAUCGGGACAUCAAAGGAUCAAAUUUGCUAAUAGACAAUAAUGGCAUUCUAAAGCUUGCGGAUUUUGGUCUGGCAAGAUCUUUUGGCUCUGAUCAAAACCAAAGCUUGACCAAUCGAGUCAUCACGCUGUGGUAUAGGCCUCCUGAAUUGCUGCUAGGAUCGACAAUGUAUGGUCCUGCUGUUGACAUGUGGUCAGUUGGAUGCAUAUUUGCAGAGCUUCUUAAUGGGAAACCGAUUUUACCAGGGAAGAGUGAGCCAGAGCAAGUCAAUAAAAUAUAUGAUCUAUGUGGAUCUCCAGAUGAGAGUAAUUGGCCAGGUGUUUCUAAACUAAAAUAUUGGAGCUCUUUAAAGCCACAAAAGCCAAUGAGAAGACGUGUCAAAGAAGCCUUUAAAAACUUUGACAAACAUGCUUUGGAUCUUUUGGAAAGAAUGCUUACUUUGGAUCCUUCACAGAGAAUAAGUGCGAAGGAUGCCCUUGAUGCAGAAUAUUUCUGGACUGAUCCUGUUCCUUGUUUACCAAGCAGCUUGCCAAAAUAUGAAGCUUCACAUGAGUUUCAAACAAAGAGGAAAAGGCAGCAACAAAGGCAACAACAUGAAGAAAUGGCAAAGAGACAGAAAAUUUCACAUACACAACAGCAUGUUAGGGUUCCUCAACAAACAGUUCCACAGGGGCAUCUUCCAUUAAGGGCAGCUCCAAAUCAAGCCAUGCCCAAUCCACAGCCUCCAGUUCCAGUUGGACCUAGUCAUCAUUAUGGAGCACCAAGAGGGCCCGGAGGAGGCCAGAAUAGGCAUCCUCAGGGGGUGCGCCCUCUUCAUCCAGGUCAAGGGGCAGGAUACAAUACAAAUCGAGGAUAUGGGGGCCCUCCUCAGCAACCAGGAGGUUAUGUUACACAUGGCAUGGGGAAUCAAGGACCAAGAGGAGGUGCCUAUGGGGUCAGGGGUGUGGGAUAUCCUCAGGGAGGAUCUUAUGGUGGAGCAGCUGGAGGCCGAGGACCAAAUGUGGGUGGAGGCAGCCGAACUCAAUUGUAUGGCAGGGUGACAAACCCAACAGCUGGUGUACCUUAUGGAGGUCAGGCUUACAUGCAACAGCAAAUGCAGCCUGGUGACGUGGGUGCUUCCUAUGCUCCAUCUCAUAGACCUGACUAUCGCCAGCCCCAGUGAUGACAAGGAGAAAUAAAAUAGUGAUUUUUUGAUAUUGUUUCCUAGAGCUGGAACAUUCUAAAUGAUUUUUAGGACAUGUAGAUACAAGGUCAUCUGCUGUAUCUUAUUUUGUGUUUUUAAAUUUGUACUGCGUGUAUGAUACAAGGAUAUCUGCUGUGAUUUGUAUCGAAUUUAGUUAUAACAAGAGUGCUUAGCAAAAAUCAGUGGGAAAUGUCAUAAUCUCCCUACUUGGCUGUCUUCUGUAUUAAUUUAAACAUGCCUUUGUAUAUAACAGUUCAAAUAUCUGAGAAACAUAUCUUUUUUAA